UGACACUUAUCCUACCUUAUGCUCAGCACUAAUGGAAGUACAGUGUCGUGCAAAACGUUAUCCUGAAGUUCCUCUUUCAAAACUUGGACAGAUUGUGAAAUGCAGUACGAAAGAUGGUCUAAUUUGCUUGAACAAACACCAAGGCCUUGCACAGCAAUGCUACGACUAUGAGAUUAGAACAUUCUGUUGUGAUGAAAACUGUAGAAAUAUCACAACAUCUUUACUAAGUACAGCUACUACAACAGUUUCAUCAACAAGCAUGCACUUACCACCUAGUACAACAUCAGUGGUCCAAAGUUCCUCCACAGUUACAGGAAUAUCCACAGACACAUCAACAACAAUUUCUACUGGUAGAUCUUCACCAACUUUUUCAACCAGCAUGCCUGGAACCCCAGUUAAUACAUCAACAAACCUUACUUCCAACACAAGCACAAGUUUAUCAACAACAACUUCCACGAUGCAUUCUGUCUCACCUUCAGUUUCUUCAACAAAAAGGUUUACAGAAAUGUCAACACCAAGAGUCCAGAAUUCCCCCACUGGUACAAGCAUACCCACAACUCCAUCAACAAUUACAACACCUUCACCAGCGUUCUCAACCAGCAUGACAUCGCCACUGACUAAGAUAACUUUGGUCCAAAAUUCCUCCAGCAUGACAGGCAUAACUACAACUCUAACAACAAAAACAUCUACAGAUUCAUCAAUAACGUCUCCAACAUCCACAACAUUGAAAGCAGUCACCCUUACUCUUACCCCUGGAUGUAAUUGUCACUGGUCAGAUUGGAACGAUUUUGGGAGCCCAACAGCAGGCCCAGAUGGCGGUGAAAUUGUACCUAUUGAAAAAAUAACUGACACUUAUCCUACCUUAUGCUCAGCACUAAUGGAAGUACAGUGUCGUGCAAAACGUUAUCCUGAAGUUCCUCUUUCAAAACUUGGACAGAUUGUGAAAUGCAGUACGAAAGAUGGUCUAAUUUGCUUGAACAAACACCAAGGCCUUGCACAGCAAUGCUACGACUAUGAGAUUAGAACAUUCUGUUGUGAUGAAAACUGUAGAAAUAUCACAACAUCUUUACUAAGUACAGCUACUACAACAGUUUCAUCAACAAGCAUGCACUUACCACCUAGUACAACAUCAGUGGUCCAAAGUUCCUCCACAGUUACAGGAAUAUCCACAGACACAUCAACAACAAUUUCUACUGGUAGAUCUUCACCAACUUUUUCAACCAGCAUGCCUGGAACCCCAGUUAAUACAUCAACAAACCUUACUUCCAACACAAGCACAAGUUUAUCAACAACAACUUCCACGAUGCAUUCUGUCUCACCUUCAGUUUCUUCAACAAAAAGGUUUACAGAAAUGUCAACACCAAGAGUCCAGAAUUCCCCCACUGGUACAAGCAUACCCACAACUCCAUCAACAAUUACAACACCUUCACCAGCGUUCUCAACCAGCAUGACAUCGCCACUGACUAAGAUAACUUUGGUCCAAAAUUCCUCCAGCAUGACAGGCAUAACUACAACUCUAACAACAAAAACAUCUACAGAUUCAUCAAUAACGUCUCCAACAUCCACAACAUUGAAAGCAGUCACCCUUACUCUUACCCCUGGAUGUAAUUGUCACUGGUCAGAUUGGAACGAUUUUGGGAGCCCAACAGCAGGCCCAGAUGGCGGUGAAAUUGUACCUAUUGAAAAAAUAACUGACACUUAUCCUACCUUAUGCUCAGCACUAAUGGAAGUACAGUGUCGUGCAAAACGUUAUCCUGAAGUUCCUCUUUCAAAACUUGGACAGAUUGUGAAAUGCAGUACGAAAGAUGGUCUAAUUUGCUUGAACAAACACCAAGGCCUUGCAAAUUUCUUCAACAAAAAGGUUUACAGAAAUGUCAACACCAAGAGUCCAGAAUUCCCCCACUGGUACAAGCAUACCCACAACUCCAUCAACAAUUACAACACCUUCACCAGCGUUCUCAACCAGCACGACAUCGCCACUGACUAA